AUGGAUUCGGGACCAAUCAAGAUCGUGUUUGAGUUUAAAGUAGAUCGUGAACUGACCAGGGAGCUUCUUCGUGGAUUGAUUCAUGCAAUACUAUUUCACAGAGCAUUUGGAUUCGUCAAGCCAACCAGUCGGGAUAUGCUUGAUGUUACCAUGCCAGUAAUAGACGACGACAACCUAAGCCGCCAGGUCGACCGCAAAAUCGACCAGUUCAAACAAUUGCUAGACGAUUCACCCGGUCUUGGUACCGCGGGACGAAAACGAGGCCAAAUGAUGGUCAUAUUCUCGGAAUUACGGACCAACAAGGGAUGGUUUUCUUCCGCCGAGGAAGAAGUACCUUGGGAAGAAUGGACGAUUGUCAUCGAGGCCCAUUCGAAGCAGAGCGUUCCUCGAGCUACGACGAGUCAAGCUCUUGCUCAAGCUUUGCAUAGAAUUAUUGUUCAUACGAGCUCUGCUCAUGGUCGGGAGAUAGUCCCUGCCAUCCGCACUGUCACCAAUUCGCUAAGUCCUUUCCCAUAUUCCAUCAAGGGCAAGGUCGGAGGAACUGAAAUCUAG